CUUUCCUUUUCUAUAUUUAUCAUGACUAAAACUAUUUGGACAGCAUCAUGCCUAGUGAUUGGUGAUGAAAUCUUGUCUGGAAAAACACAAGAUACCAACUCUUACUAUCUAGCUCAGGUUCUGUUUCAGAAGGGUAUCGAGUUGCAACGUAUUGAAGUGGUUCCUGAUGACCAAGAUGCAAUAGCUGAAUCAGUAAAACGACUUUCUACAUUGUAUGACUUUGUCUUUACUUCCGGUGGCAUAGGCACUCAUGACGAUAUCACUUAUGCAUCGAUUGCCAAGGCAUUUGAACUUGAAAUGCAAGUGGACGAUGAGACUUGGGAAAAAGUAAGACAACUUCAACAACAUCAUCAACAACAUGGAGCCAUUGCACAUUCUGAAGCCAAGCAAACAAGGUUGUACAAGCAAAUGGCGACGUUCCCGAUCCCUAGUGAAAAGAUCCGAGGUCAUGACAAGUUACCUAUUCCUGUGGUAGUGGUCAAUAAGAAUGUAUAUAUUCUACCUGGGAUCCCUCGUUUGUUUCAAUUGUUAUUGGAUUCUCUCUCAGAUCAUAUCAAUGCCCGUCUACAACAACAACAAUCUUUUCAUCGUCGACAGGUCGCUACAAAACAAUCUGAGAUAUGGAUUGCCGAUAUUCUCUCUCAACUUCAAAAAAGUGUACAACAGGAUCAAAUCAAGAUUGGUAGUUAUCCUACAUGGAAUGAUAGCUCAGCAAAGGUCAUUGUCAGUAUUGUUGGAAAGGAUAUUGUCAAAGUUGAUCAAGUCACCAAACAAAUCAUGGAACACAUCGAUGGAUGGAUCAUUCAACCAACAUUUAGUACUAGUCGUUUAUAAUAGAUAGUCCAUUCAUUUUAAUAAAAUCUUGUCUUUUUUGAAUAAUAAUAAUAA